AGCCCAACCGCUGCGAGCGGGUUACCGGGAGGCUCUGCACAGAGGAGCGCACCGCGCGUCUGUCUGCAGGGGCACGGCCCCGGCCGGUUUCCCGGGCGGCGAGAGCCGCCCCGCACCGCGGGACUGCACGGCCCAGAGGAGGGCAAAGCAGCUACGCACCCUUGCCCCGAGCACUGGAGGUGUGGAAACCGCCCUCCCUUCCAUCAUAAGUUCCCGGAGGAAAAGCAGAUCUGGCCCCUCCGCAGCAGGUACUGCCCCAGGGCUACCUCCGACCUGACACCACGGAGCCACGGCUUUAUGUCUAAACCAUUCCAUAUUCUUAUUAAUACAAACUUGCAUAAAAUAUCGUUUCCUUUUGAAUAACUCAAUCCUACGCUUUAGGAGGAUGAAAAGACCUUUAUGACACAAGAUUUAUCUAAAUUAAGGUGACUGGGGGCAGUAAAACAAGGUGUGCCACGCUACUCCGGUGACGGUCUCACUUUCACUGCUGCAGCCCGGCAUUAAGCGAAAUAAGAUUUAUGCCUGCGGUGAAGCCCCGGCCCACCUCUCCCCUUUCCCCGCACACACUGGCACUGCCGCCGGCUCCCCUCGCAGCGAGCGGAGGGAGCAGCGAGCUCACCUCGCCCUUCACCGGCUGCCACGGCAAAAUUACAGGGAUUUUUUGUUCCUCUCCCCCCCCCCAACUCCCACCGCGCCGGGCGGGGGGACGCCCCGAGCCUCCCUCCCGGCUGCCCCGCAGCCCAUCCCGGCUCCGAGCCCCGGCGCGCAGCGGGCGCGGGGCCGGGGGCGGGAGCGAGGGCGCGUGUGCGCGCGCCGGGUGCGGCGAUUGGCCGCGGCGCUGACAGCUCGGCGGCGAUUGGCGGCGCGGCCCCGCCCCGCGCCCGCGCGCGGCCCCAUUCAUAAACUACAGGGCCCGGCGGCAGCGCCGCGAGAGGGACGCGGGCACACGGCGCGGCAGGAGCGGAGCCACAGGCGCGGACACUGGGAGCCUCGGCGCGCACUUCCAGGGGUGGGGUGGGGGAGGAGAACCCAUCCCGGGCACGGCAGCUACGCCUUCCUCCCGCUCAGGAUAAAACACAGUCUGUGCAAAGAAAACAAACAAACAAACAAAAAAAAAAGCAACAACUCCUCUCCAUACAGUCUCUCUCUCACAACAAUCUAUGUAGAGCUGCAGGACGGGAAUGAGAGAUCCCAGACCAAGUGCACCCGUCUGCGCCUAAAGAUAGAGACAGCCACAGAGCCGGGUUCAGCCAACGCCUCCAGCAGGAAAAGGGAAAUCAACAACACCCCCUGACAGUCUGAGCGAGCGGCAGCCAAACUCAUGCACAUCUCUGGCGGUGCCACGGACUGAAAGAGAGAGAGAGACAGACAAACAGACAGACACAGAGUUCACUCUUCCGCUGAGGGCAUUGCUCGCAUUCUUCUCCUCCUCUCGUACCGUGUGCGGUUUUAAACUUCGCCGCCGACCGGCUUUUCUGCGGGGACCUUCUGCGAGUCCUGGGGAAGUUUGUUUGUUGUUUUGGGUUUUUUUUUCCAUGAACUAUUGAAAGGGCAUUUUUGUCGCUGCGCGGGGGGGUGGGCGCCUGAGCGCAGAGGCAGCCCAGACUUCCCUGCCCCCAUCGCCAUCCAAAACUUUGCGCGCCGGGAGCCCGCGGGGGCUGCCCGCCUCUCCGGCACCGGCUCCGGCAUCACCAGCAACAGCACCAGCACCGCCGCCGAGCCCGCACCGGCCCGCUCCUCCUUCUCCUCCUCGCCGGGGCAGCGCUGGGCUUCGCUCCUUUGUGUUUCGCCGCCCUCCCCGAUUUCUUUAAUUGCUCUCACUGGCGCGCCGCUGCCGCCUUCUUCCCGGAGGCGGUGGGGGUCUGCGAUUUGGCUGGUGCCUUCCGCAAAGCUGCAGCCACCGCUAAAGCAUUGGAUCCCUCAACGUACUGCGAGAGCCCGGUGUACAGCCCGGACCUGUGCCCCAACAUGAUCGCUGCGCAGGCCAAGCUGGUCUACCAGCUCAACAAAUACUACACGGAGCGCUGCCAGGCGCGCAAGGCGGCCAUCGCCAAGACCAUCCGGGAGGUGUGCAAGGUCGUGUCGGACGUGCUAAAGGAGGUGGAGGUGCAGGAGCCGCGCUUCAUCAGCUCCCUAAGCGAGAUCGACGCCCGCUACGAGGGGCUGGAAGUGAUCUCGCCCACCGAGUUCGAGGUGGUGCUCUACCUCAACCAGAUGGGCGUCUUCAACUUCGUGGACGACGGCUCCCUGCCGGGCUGCGCCGUGCUCAAGCUGAGCGACGGCCGCAAGCGCAGCAUGUCCCUCUGGGUGGAGUUCAUCACCGCCUCGGGCUACCUGUCCGCCCGCAAGAUCCGCUCCCGCUUCCAGACGCUGGUGGCUCAGGCCGUGGACAAGUGCAGCUACCGGGACGUGGUGAAGAUGAUCGCGGACACGAGCGAGGUGAAGCUCCGCAUCCGGGAGCGGUACGUGGUGCAGAUCACGCCCGCGUUCAAGUGCACCGGGAUCUGGCCGCGCAGCGCGGCGCAGUGGCCCAUGCCCCACAUCCCCUGGCCCGGCCCCAACCGGGUGGCGGAGGUGAAGGCGGAGGGCUUCAACCUGCUCUCCAAAGAGUGCUACUCGCUGACAGGCAAACAGAGCUCGGCCGAGAGCGACGCGUGGGUGCUGCAGUUCGGCGAGGCCGAGAACCGGCUGCUGAUGGGCGGCUGCCGGAACAAGUGCCUGUCGGUGCUGAAGACGCUGCGCGACCGGCACCUGGAGCUGCCCGGGCAGCCCCUCAACAAUUACCACAUGAAGACGCUGCUGCUGUACGAGUGCGAGAAACACCCGCGGGAGACCGACUGGGACGAGGCGUGCCUGGGCGACCGGCUGAACGGCAUCCUCCUGCAGCUCAUCUCCUGCCUGCAGUGCCGGCGCUGCCCCCACUACUUCCUGCCCAACCUAGACCUCUUUCAGGGCAAACCCCACUCGGCCCUAGAAAGCGCUGCCAAACAGACCUGGAGGCUAGCCAGAGAAAUCCUCACCAAUCCCAAAAGCCUCGACAAGCUAUAGGGUUAACACGCCCGCGCACAAAAAAACUCGCCCUCCGUAAACAACAACAGCGCCUAAAAAACUUUCUAUUUAACGCGAACGACGACGGAAAGAGGCGGCGAAAGACACGCGCCCCCGCCACCCCCCCACCCACCUGCAGUU